GAUUGUGCGCGCGUGUUAGCGGUAUUACGGUAAAGGGUCACUGCGCCUCCUCAGCUGAUGUGACAUAAAGCGCCUCACAUUAAAGCCGCAUUAGAUCUUCUGCUCAGAGUCCAGCAGCAUGUCCACUCCACCGGCAUGAGUUCCACUCAAGAUAUAACCCUAACACCGGUAGCUCUGCCCCGGGAGCUCGCGCAGAACCCACUGCAUAAGACAUGGAUGCCGUGCAAGAACGGACUUCCGGAAACGCACAUUUCUCAGAGGAGAGUUUGUAUGACGAACUGCCCUACCCUCAUAGUGACUGUGGGGUUGCCAGCUAGAGGAAAAACGUACAUUUCUAAAAAACUCACUCGAUACCUUAACUGGAUUGGAGUUCCAACUAAAGAGUUUAAUGUUGGACAGUACCGGAGGGAGUGUAUGAAGAUCUACAGGAACUUUGAGUUUUUCCGUCCUGAUAAUGAAGAGGGACUGAAGAUCAGGAAACAGUGUGCUCUGGCGGCUCUGAACGAUGUGAGACGGUUCCUCAGCGUGGACAGAGGACAUGUGGCUGUGUUUGAUGCCACCAACACUACGAGAGAGAGGAGGAAAAUGAUCCUGAGAUUUGCUGAACAGCAUGGCUACAAGGUGUUUUUUGUGGAGUCUGUGUGUGAUGAUCCGGAGGUCAUAGCUCAGAACAUUUUACAGGUGAAGUUAAACAGUCCUGAUUAUAUUGAUUGUAACACCGAGGAGGCUGUGCAGGACUUCAUGAAGAGGAUUGAAUGUUAUGAGAACUGGUACGAGCCGCUGGAUGAGGCACUGGACAGGGACUUGUCCUACAUUAAGGUGAUGGAUGUGGGGAUGCGGUAUUUAGUAAACCGUGUGAUGGACCACAUUCAGAGUCGCAUUGUUUAUUACCUGAUGAAUAUCCACAUCACUCCACGCUCCAUCUACCUCUGUCGCCAUGGCGAGAGUGAACUCAACAUCCGGGGACGCAUCGGGGGAGACUCAGGCCUGUCCUCCCACGGCAAGCAGUUUGCUGUGUGUUUGGGGAAAUUCAUUCAGGAGCAAAAGAUAAAAGAUCUGAAAGUUUGGACUAGUCAGAUGAAGAGAACCAUCCAGACUGCAGAGGCACUUGGAGUUCCGUACGAGCAGUGGAAAGCUCUUAAUGAGAUUGAUGCUGGUGUGUGUGAGGAGAUGAUGUAUGAGGAGAUUCAGGAACAUUAUCCACUGGAAUUUGCUCUGCGGGAUCAGGACAAGUUUCGAUAUCGCUACCCUAAAGGAGAGUCCUAUGAGGAUCUGGUGCAGCGUCUGGAGCCUGUGAUUAUGGAAUUGGAGAGGCAGGAAAAUGUUCUGGUCAUCUGUCAUCAGGCGGUCAUGCGCUGCCUCCUCGCGUACUUCCUGGACAAGAGUGCAGACGAGUUGCCGUAUCUGAAGUGUCCCUUACACACAGUGCUGAAGCUCACACCUGUGGCUUACGGAUGUAAAGUGGAGUCAGUGGGUCUGAAUGUGGAGGCAGUGAACACACACAGAGACAAACCUGAGAAUGUGGACGUGUCUCGUCUGGCCGAGGAGGCACUACUGACUGUCCCUGCACACCAGUGAACACACACAAACACACUCUCCCACACUCUCAUGUUUACUCCAUGAUAAUAAUCCUUCAUUAUUCUUCAUCAGCAUUCUGAAGGAUUUUUAUUUUGUCAUAGUAAAGAGUAUUAAUAAUAAUAAUAAUAAUAAUAAUAAUAAUAAUAAUAAUAAUAUUAAUGUGUUGACUAGAAUCCAGCCCUUUAGUCAGCCCUGGUGUUACACACACCUCCUACAUGAACAUGAUCUUGUGCAGCUGAAACACUUUUGUUUAUUAAUUUUCCACAUUUUCCUGAUGUUUACGUUUUAUAAAUGCUGAAACUGCACUUUUUUGUUGUUUUAGGGUAAAAAUAUAACUAAUACACUGUGUGCUGUAGAGUGACUGUGUGUGUGUGUGUGUGUGUGUGUAGAGAGUUGAGUGACUGUGUG